ACUUUUGACUCGAGAGAAGCUAAAGAGACCACCAUUGACAAAGCCUCUCAAGAGUUGAAUGGCAAUCCCUCACAAAAUAUAUUUGGAGAUUUUCAUGUAAACUUACCGCCAGAAGCAACUGUCCCAGAACCAACAAAGGUUCUACCAGAUAAUCAUCAAUUGGCUCGAGACGCGUUUAUCAGGGAUCUCUGGUCGAAGAAUAUCCAAUAUCGAGACAUGGUGAAAUUCGUAAGACCCAAAGAAACUUAUGAUUUUAUUAUUAUUGUAGGGGCUGGUUCUGCCGGAUGUAUUCUGGCCAGAGAGCUUAUAUAUAAUAUACCUAAUAUUAAUAUUUUAAUGCUCGAGGCGGGACCACCUGAUACUCAAGUCAAUGAUAGAAUUAGCGUUCCAUUUACACACACUACUGCAAGUAUUAAUCUCUGGAGAACUAGUGAAGUUGAUUGGUCGUAUUACACUCAAGCUCAAGUGAUGUCUAGUUCCGUGGACUCAACAAAGACGACAGUAAAUAGAUCUCUAAUUUAUCCACGAGGAAAGGUUUGGGGCGGUUGUAGUUCAGUGAAUGCAAUGUCUUACGUACGAGGCCAUCCUGAGGACUAUAAUGAUUGGGCGAAUCAAGGACCCGAGUACAAACAUUGGGGUUACGAUCAUUGCCUCGAAGCAUUCAAGGCGACCGAAAAUAAUUUCAAUAAGGAUUCCGAUGACGAAUUCAAAAAAUACCAUGGAUUCAACGGUUUGAUAGGGGUGCAAGAUCACGGAGACAAGAUAUUUGAUAUUAUGAAAGAAUUGAGAACUUCAGCAAGAAAUUAUGGUAUUCCCGAAAAUAAGGAUUACAACGGAUCCAAGCAGAAUGGGGUAGCCACAUAUCAGGCAUCCAUAAAAAACAAUAGACGAUGUUCCGUGGUAGAUGGUUAUCUCACUGAAGCGUUGAGCAAAGUUGACGUGGUGAAGAUCAACGAAACUCACAGCGACUGGUCGCCGUUAGGCGCUUACAAGAUUUCGGCGGUCAAUGUUAAAUCCCAAUCGCACGUAUUGGGUAUAAUCUGGGACGAGGAAUCAAGCGGAAAUGUAGCUAAGGGUGUCAAAUAUUUUUAUGAUGGUGCAGUUCAUGAAGCUUUUAUUGCACCAAAAGGUGAAGUCAUUCUUAGUGCGGGAGCAAUCAACACUCCACAACUGCUUAUGCUUUCAGGAAUAGGUCCUAGGAAUAGUUUGGAAAGAGAGAAAAUUAUCAUCCGCAAGGAAUUGCCGGUUGGGAAAAAUCUCUGGGAUCAUCCGUUAGGAAUGAUUACCGUUAAGAUAGGUGUACCUAAUUCCACCUUGAAGUCGCGCAUCAAUUACUGGACCAACGGACCGGAAUUAGCAAUAUUUCAUAAAGCUAAUAAUGAGGGAAGAGUACCUACCAAAGACGAAUUAUUGAAUGGACGUCCGGAUAUGCAAAUCACAUGUGCACCGAUUAUAUUUGACACGGCAAUAAUCAAUCCGCCGGACGGAAGAAAACCAUUCACCGGAGAAGGAAUCACAUUUUCGCCAGUGCUUAAUUUGCCAUCUAGUGUUGGUUGGUUGGAACUUUCAAGUCAAAACCCAUUUGAACAGCCAAAAAUUUUUCUCAAUUAUUUUGAUGAAGCUGAUGAUAUGUAUAGAAUGAUUAGCUCAUUUAAAAUGUGUCUCGAAAUUAUCAAACAACCGCCACUUUCAACUAUCUGGGGUGCACAAGAAGUUGGAAUCACCGAUGAAUUUGGACAAUGGGCCAGUGAUGGAGUUCAUAUGACAGAUUACGAUUGGGAAAGAUAUAUUCGUGAAAAAAGUAAUUAG